GUACAUUAGUCCGAGCGAUCACCGUUGGAACCUUGUUCUUAGAACGAGGCCACCGUGGGAUCAUGCCCUAUCCCCUGAGUAAAUCUUGCAAUAUGCUGGUAGAGGAGGUCGACGCGAUGUACUGGUACUAUGACUCAAUAAUCAACACAGCCCUGCUCAUCUCGUACUUCAAUGGAAGAGUGGCUCCCCAAAACGGGAUCCCAGAGGGCGUCUAUGAUAUCGACAGUGAGUGCAAUCUCAUCAUUGAGAACGUCACCGCCUCCAAUCAGGGAACCUACUACUAUAAGCUGAAACCGCAUUUACUAGGCAUGGAAGUGGGACAGAUUGAAGUUUGUGACAAGGUCUCCCCAAGACGUUCAUAUCCUACCGUCAUCGGCUGCAAUCAAGACCACGAGGUAGACACGUGCGAGGCGAGAGUACGACACGACAGAACGAUGCACAACCUGACCUGCGUCAUGGAGCAGGUCAAACCUGCCGUGCAAUUGAAGUGGUUUUUGGGCGGGCUGACGGAACUGAAGGCCUCAUCAGCAGUCAGGCCUGUGGUUCUACCGGCUAACACAGGUUUGUGGUUGAGGAACAACACCUAUUCAACUUCAGCAACAAUCCAAGUUCCUUCGGAUUACAAUGACAUAGAAUAUGUGUGUGAGGCAAUGGGUGUUGCUGUACUAGGAAGCAGUACUACACGCACGAGGGUGCGCCUUACCAAAACUAAACCCACAACGGCAACUCAUGAUGGAGCCUUGCUCUUAGAACGAGGCCACCGCGGGAUUGUGCCCGGUCCAAAUAGCCUAGCUUGCAAAUUGAUGGUAGAAGACGUCGACGCAAUGUACUGGUUCUAUGGCUCACUAAGCGACACAUUCAUGCUCAUCUCAUACUUCAAUGGAAGAGUGGCUCCCCAAAACGGGAUCCCAGAGGGCGUUUAUGAUAUCGACGAUGAGUGCAAUCUCAUCAUCGAGAACGUCACCGCCCCCAAUGAGGGAACCUACUUCUAUAAGCUGAAACCGCAUUUAAAAAGUACGACAGAGGGACAGAUUGAAGUUCGUGACAAGGUCUCCCCAAGUCGACCAUAUCCUACCGUCAUCGGCUGCAAUCAAGACCACGACGCAGACACGUGCGAGGUGAGAGUACGACAGGACAGAACGAUGCACAACCUGACCUGCGUGAUGGAGCAGGUCAAACCUGCCGUGGAAUUGAAGUGGUUUUUAGGCGGGCUGACGGAACUCAAGGCUUCAACAAUAGUCAGGCCUGUGGUUCUACCGGCCAACAUAGAAAACGUUGACGCAAUGUACUGGUACUAUGGCUCAAUCAGCGAGACAUCCCUGCUCAUUUCAUACUUCCUGGGAAGAGUGGCUCCUAAAAACGGGAUCCCAGAGGGCGUCUAUGAUAUCGACAAUGAGUUCAGUCUCGUCAUUGAGAACGUCACCGCCUACAACGAGGGAACCUACUACUAUAAGCUGAAAGCGCGUUUCAGAAUGAUAGAAGAGGGACAGGUUGAAGUUUAUGACAGAGCGAUGGGGGCGCUGUACCGGCGCAACAUAAUUGGAUUCAAACCAUAG